UGUAACUAGGACAUAACCUAAAUUAAGAUUUGAAAUUUUUUGUAUUUUUAUAUCAUUCGAAAUGACUCUGGAAAAUAAUUCCGAAUUUGCGAAUCUGUGCGUGUUCCCGCCGAACAAACCCAUGGAGUCAAUCGCGAAUUUCUCUACAACUCCUGUCGUAUACGAUCAUUUGACUUUCCUUGAUAAUAACGAGGCGGGAGAAUGGAUACUCGGCACGUCCUCUGUGACCGGCACGUUUUGGGAAGGAACUUUGAUGUUUUUCAAAGACAGUGAAAAACUGCAAAAGUUUCAGCACUCAGCACAUUAUAUUUAUGCCACAACAUCAGAUGGUAGAUUUAUAAAUGAUAAAACUAUUGCACUGGCUGAAGACACAGGAGUAUUAUCCAUUUUUAACAUCACUGAGGACAAACUGGUUAGAGACCAACAUUACAGACACAGUCAAAGAAUUUCAGAAAUUGCCCCGUGGAAAAACUCAAAUAAGAUUUUAACUUGCAGUGGAUCAGUUUUGAGUAUAUGGGAUAUUAAUACAUCAGAAAAUAACUUUCAAUAUAGUGAUUAUCAUUUGGCUCCAGUAAAUUCAGUGGAUGUGAUUCAAGGCAAUGAAAACUUUUUUGCAAGUGCUUCUAAUGAUAGGAAAGCAGUUGUCUGGGAUGUGAGAGCAGAACAACCUGCUUCAGUGAUUUACUCUAAUGAAUUCUCUUCAUUAAAAAGUAUCAGAUGGAACCAAAAUGAUACAAACUAUUUGUUUGUGGGUAGUCAAGCAGGAGACAUUUAUAUAAUAGACCAAAGGGAACCAAAGGAGUUUGUUUGUGUUCACCAUUGUUUUGACAACAAUAUCCAUAAAAUAUCUCUCAGUGAUUCAAAUAAAGUGGCAGUUUGUGGUGAUACAAAUGAGAUCAUUAUUGCUGAUUUGGAAGCAGCAUCUUUCCAGAAUGUUAAAAGUAACAUAGAACAUCAAGGAUAUGUUAGGGAUUUAAAAUGGAAUAAAAAUAGCUUGUAUUCAUGUGGACAUGACAAACUUGUCUUAAUUCACAAUAUGUAAAAAAUAAAGUGUACAUAAAAAUAAAUUUUAUACAAUCUAAACAAUAUGUAUGAACAUUUUCCAGAUUUUUUAUAUGUGAUAAAAACGAAUCAAUGUAUUUCGAAAUAAAAAAUUAAUGAAUAUUCAA